CCUGGCACAGGCGGCAGCGGCGGCGCCGCGCGGAGGCUCGCCAGGUCCGUCGCGUCGCGGAGGCCCGCAGGACGCUGGCUGGCCACCACGGCGAGGCCAUGGCGCAGGACGAGGCGGCCCAUGGAGCCCCUUGGCGCACAGCUCAGGGGCGUGGCGGCGGCGGCCCUGUGUGGGCAUGCGCGGCCACGCGGGCGUGCGGGUUCGCCAACAACUUCGCGACCCGCGAGACCUGCUGGGCCUGCGGCCGCGACCGCCAGGGCCGGCCUACGGGAGCCAAGGGGGCCCGCCAGCCCACCAGGCCGCGCUCGGCGACCAGGCCUCGCUCGCUGGGCGCUGGCGGCGAUCGCCUUCUUCGCGGCGCUCCUCCUGGGGCCGACGGCGGGGGCACCGCGGAGUCCAACGCGGUGGCCAAGUGCCGUAAGGCCCUCAAGGCGCUGCGCAGCAUCUAUGACGAAGAGCACUCCCUCGUCGUGGCUGCCAAGGCCGAGCUCAGCCAGGCCGAAGCACAAGAGCGGGCUCACAUGGCGCCUGCCGACGUGCUCCGCUCGGCGCUGGACAGGCAGGCAGCGCGUGAAGAGGAGCGUGCAAAGCUCCAGACGGAGGUCGACGCGCUGGCAGCCCAGCUCAAAUCGGCCACCGACAAGCUGGACCGCGUCAAGCAGCAGCUCGUGGAGUCCAACGAGGAGGUGGCGCAGGCCCAGCUGGCCAAUGCGGCACAUACCGCACCACUGGGUGGCGAUGCGGCAUCUUCGAUGGCGGCGCUUCAGCAACUUCUCCAGACAGCCCACAACUCCAUCCAGCAGGGCCAGGAUCGCAACAUCGUGGGCGGUGCCAUCCUGGAGCAGCUGGUGGGACACGCGCGCACGCUGGGGGACGCAAUGCCGAGGCCUUCUCCGCCAGGCCAGACGGCGAUGGAGGUUGAGGCCUUUCGCACCGCGGGCGGGCAGCCCGCUGGCUUCAUCGUCGGGUCGGCGUACAUGGAGUCGGUCCCAGACCCCGACUUUCUCACCACUAACUACCAGAAGCUCAUGCGCAUCGCGGAGAGCAUGCGUUACUUCUCCGCCCCUUUCAUCUCCGCAGGCGACUGGAACACGGAGCCUGCCAACAUGGAGGUGCUGGGCUUCUUGCAGAUCAUGCCUGCCAUUGCGGUGGCCACUCAAACGUCGGGCACUUGUCGUUCGGCAAAGACGGGCACCUACAGCACCAUCGACUACUGGCUGACCUCACCUGACUUUGCGAAGGCUUGUGGCGUCCCCUACGUGCUCGACUCUUGGGCCCCGAGGCCCCACUAUCCUGCGCGCAUGGAUCCCGACGCGAAGCCCAGGGCGCACAUGCAGAUGCACCUGAGGGCGCCCAAGCCUUUCCCCAAGCAGGCGCCGCGGUACUCAGGGGCCAGUCCCUUGCAUGGACCGCCCAAAGUGCAGCCCCACCUGGACGUGGUCAGGCAAGAUGCUGAUCCGGGACAACCUGAAGAUGGUGAUCAGGCUCAGCGGCGGCUCGACGGCCUCCACGCCAACUUCAUCUCGUUCGUGGAGCAGGAACCCUGCCACAUCUACCAGGUGGACGUGCAGGAUCGCGAGAAGUACUGUGGUAGAGCGGAAGCUCCUGCAUAUGUCUGGCGUCCAGCGGGAGGGCCCAUCCUCAAAGGGGCUCCAGCAGCUGGCUCCGAAGCCCGCUGCAUGCGCAACGUGACCUUCGCGCUGCAAGACCUGGCCGCUCAACUUGAAAGGGCAGAGCCAACAGGUGACGCCAGCGACUCGGGCCCCAGCUCUCAUUUGAAGUUUGCAGUUGGCAUGGCGGAGAAGCGGGACAUCCACACGACGGAGGGCAUGAUGCUGUUCGAGUGGGCUUGGCCUGUUCUACAUUAUGCGUGCAGACUGGAGGCCUCACAGUACAUCCUGUUUGUCAUAGCUCUCGCCCUGACCUUCGAAGGCCAUGCCAAGGUUCUCGAGCAGCAGGCAGCCAACAAGAGGGUCACGAGCUUUCACAAGUGGGCCCGGGACGCGCUUAUCACAGGCGCCUCCCCAGUCUUCGGCAUGACCAAGCUGAAGGGAUGGGCGCACAAUGAGGUAGACAGGUUCGGUAUUCGCUCAGCUCUUCCUCAAGCAGUAGCAGACAGCCAGAUGGACAUGUGGAAUGACAUAUGGCAAGGUGCCAAGGUCUCCAAAGCUGCGGAUAAGGACAUCAUCUACAAGGACGUGGGCAGCAUCACCUGUGACGACAGCCUUGGCGACAACGAGUUCGAGGUCGAGCACAUUGCCGACAGCCAGGACGACCUGAUGAAGCUCAUCCGCACCCUACCAUGCGAGGCCAUGCAG